AAGGUAGAAAGAAGCCUUAGGUCACUCAGUUGUAGUGUCUGGAUAGAUCGGGCCGUUGAGUGAGUGCUGCUCAUCCUAUGGAUGGAAGGAUCGAGUGUCAAAAGGCGUAGAAACACCCGGGUUCUUUUUUUUUUGUGGCAGAAACACCCGAGUUCUGCAUGCUAGUGCUAUCUCCAUUUCCAUUCCUAAAUAGACUGUCUAUGCAGCAAGACGGUUGAGCCAAACUGCAGUGUUUAGCCCAAAUUGCACUAAUAUGUAAGAUUCAGGGUGACCUAAUAAUUUUUUUGCAGGUGCCGGCUGCAUGAAUUCUCACGUUCUUGUUUGAAGCAGGCUAGCCUAGGCUAGUUUCCUAUAUGUCCUUACAGGAUGGAUGAUAAAGCCAGUGCUGCCUAUAAGGCCCUGGAGCGCAUGCUUCUUGACGAAGAUGAAGCUCCAACUCCAAUGAAGCUGCCAUUAUCACUUUUGGAAGCCAUCACAAAUAAUUUCUCAGACGAGCAGGUACUCGGCAGAGGUGGAUUCGCCGUGGUUUACAAGGGAAUGCUUGGAAAUAAGCCGGUCGCUGUGAAGAAGUUAUUAGAGACGAUCGAUGUGGACGAGGAAAAAUUCAAAAAAGAGAUGCACUGUCUGAUGAAUUUACGGCAUAAGAACGUAGUGCGAUUUCUGGGGUACUGUGAUGAAACACAGCAAAAAUCGGUAGAAUUUGAUGGCAAGCCUGUCAUAGCAGAUCAACGAAACAGGUUACUCUGCUUUGAGUUUGUACCUAAGUGUCUCCAGGAGCAUAUCACCGAUCUCAAACCUGCCAAUAUACUGCUAGAUGACAACAUGCUGCCAAAAAUUGCUGACUUUGGUCUCUCAAGGUGCUUUGACGAAGACCAAAGCAAGACUAUUACAUCAAAACUGAUUGGAUCAAUAGGAUAUUUGCCACAAGAGUUUUUCGAUGGACACAUCACAUUGAAGCUAGAUAUAUAUAGUCUUGGUGUUAUAAUUAAUGAGAUGCUGACAGGAAACAAGGCAACUUCCUCAGAAGAGAAUGUACUUAAAAGUUGGAACGAUAGGCUGGAGAUGUCAGAGCGAGACAUACCGUUGCAGCAAGUAAGAGCGUUCGCUGAGAUCGCCAAAAUGUGCACUGAUCCCAACAAAGCGAAUAGACCUUCUGCACACCGUAUAAUUGAAAUGUUGGAGCUGGGAAGUGCUGAUAAGUUUGAUGAGGCAGGCACGAGUACUUCGUUAGUAGCACAGGCUAUGUCGCAGGUGCCCAAGCCGCCGGCCGAGGUCCCAAUCCCGGAGCACGGGGCCGGAGGUGGCGGCUCCAGCGGUGCCAGGGAGAUGGAGCGGGAGCUCGACGAGAGGUUCGGCUACGACCGCAACUUCUCCGCCAAGUACGAGCUGGGGAAGGAGGUGGGGCGCGGCCACUUCGGCCACACCUGCCUUGCCCGCGCCCGCAAGGGAGACAUGAGAGGCCAGACCCUCGCUGUCAAGGUCAUCUCCAAAGCAGAGAUGACGACAGCAAUCUCUAUUGAGGAUGUGCGCAGAGAGGUGAAAAUUUUGAAGGCAUUAUCUGGCGGACAUUCCAAUCUUGUCAAGUUUUUCGAUGCUUGUGAGGAUGCCCUUAAUGUCUACAUAAUCAUGGAGCUUUGUGAAGGCGGAGGAUUAUUGGACAGAAUAUUAUCCAGGGGUGGAAGAUACAAUGAAGGGGAUGCAAAAAUUAUUGUUGAACAGAUAUUAAAUGUUGUUGCUUUUUGCCAUCUUCAGGGUGUUGUUCACCGUGAUCUGAAGCCAGAGAAUUUCCUAUUCAGCACUAUGGAUGAACAUUCUCCUAUGAAGAUUAUUGAUUUUGGCCUCUCAGAUUUUAUAAGACCAGAUGAAAGGCUUAAUGACAUUGUUGGCAGUGCAUACUAUGUUGCUCCAGAAGUCUUGCGUAGAUCAUAUAGUACAGAAGCAGACAUGUGGAGUAUUGGUGUUAUCACUUAUAUAUUACUUUGUGGUAUCAGACCAUUCUGGGCACGAAGUGAAUCAGGGAUUUUCCGCUCAGUGCUGUCAGCUGAUCCUGAUUUUGAUGUUACACCAUGGCAAUCAGUAUCUCCUGAAGCUAAAGAUUUUGUCAAAAGACUUCUUAACAAGGACUACAGAAAAAGAAUGACUGCUGCCCAGGCACUCUCUCACCCCUGGUUGCGAGAUGAGCGCCGACAAAUACCUCUUGAUAUGCUAGUAUUCAAGUUGGUCAAGGCAUAUCUUCGUUCGACGCCUCUUAAACGGGCAGCAUUGAAGGCUUUGUCAAGAGCAGUAACAGAAGAUGAGCUUAUCUACAUCAGAGCACAGUACAACUUUUUAGAACCAAACAGCAGAGAUGGUCGAAUAUGUAUGGACAACUUCAGGAUGGCUCUUUUACAGAACUCGACAGAUGCUAUGAAGGAAUCCGGAACACUUGAGAUCUUAUAUGGGCUGGAGCAACUCGCAUAUAGGAGAAUGGACUUUGAGGAGUUCAGAGCUGCUACAAUCAGCCCUUACCAGCUUGAGGCUGUGGCACGGUGGGAAGAAAUCGCCAAUACUGCAUUCGAGUACUUUGAGCAAGAAGGCAACCGUGCUAUCACAAUCGAGGAGCUGGCUCAGGAGAUGAAUCUUUCCUCAGCGGCGUAUUAUUCCAUCGUCUGCGACUGGAUUAGACCGUCGGAUGGCAAGCUUAGCCUUCUAGGCUACACCAAGUUUUUGCAUGGAUUGACCGUCGGAUAUGUAAGCUUGGGGGCUGGACAUAGUAAUUAUAAAUCCAACCUGAGUCUUGAAUGCUGAGUAAAUCGCAGCCACAUUAUGACUCCUAUAUUUUGCUUGGUAUACCUGCGAGCAGAGGGCAUUACGCUCGACUCGAGCCUCCCUGUAUGGAAACCCGAGUAAAUAAAUACUAAAUGCAAUGCAGGCCCCUCCUGUAGUUCUGUGA